AUAGCAUUCCACCAAAUUCCUACCGGUCUAUCACAGUAUACCUCCUCACUGGUCACCGCUCCCCCUCCGCCGUCGUCCCCUCGACAGCAUGCCGUUCCACAAUGAGCUCAACGGCAUCGACCUCGGCAUGUCGGACCUCGCUUUGCUCGAUUUCCUGACAUCCCCUGACUUGCCCGUCGCAAAACAUGGUUUCAAGCGUCGAGACGCAGACCUCGACCCCUUGAUGCUCGCUGCUGUCUACUCUUCAGGCCCCCAAGUCACCCGCAACCACUACGCGCACGACUUUUUCCCAGCCGUCGGAGACCCGCGCGCCGAGGGGGCCUACGAUUGGACAAAGUGGCAGCCAGAGACGGCGAACACCGUGGGGCAGCGGCGGCCACGACUCAAGUACGUGAGCAGACAAGAGCCGCGCAGCCAGCGGCUGAAAAGGGAGGGCGUUGCGGUCGACGAGCAGCAGGAGACUGCGUUGAAUGCAGACGCUCCUGCGAGCUCUCCAUUGCCGGCAUCGGUUACCUCCGCACCUCCCGCCUCCGCAGACCCCGUGAAACCUCCGCUCGAGGUGAAAUGCAUGGCUAGGACUCGCGUUCCCACUCCUCACGGACCAGUGUUUCUGCACCUAUACCACAACAAUCAUGAUUCCAAGGAACAUCUUGCAAUAGUGGUGGAUCCUGCGCAGUUGUCGGGACCAUCCCAUACCCAUAAUCUCGCACCGCCAAUACGGAGUCAGUCCCUGGAUGCCAUAUGGAGCGACAAUGAGACGGAAAUGGAACGUAUCACUCGCGGUGCCUAUGUCGGACGUCUGUCCAAGGAUUCCCAGAUACCAUCCACUCCGUCGCAGGCGCGACCCACCAUCACGACGGAUUCGAUACCAUCUCCCCUCAUCCGCGUUCAUUCGGAAUGUUUCACCGGAGAGACCAUCGGUAGCAUGCGUUGCGACUGCGGAGAGCAGCUAGACGAGGCGAUACGCCAGAUCUCCCAACCCAUCCCCAUUCCCCCCUCCACCGCGUCCGCAGAGCCGACGACGAUCCCAGGGCGCGGCGUGGUCGUGUACCUGCGCCAGGAGGGCCGCGGCAUCGGCCUACUUUCGAAGAUCCGCGCCUACAACCUCCAGGACCUCGGGCACGACACCGUGACCGCAAACCUGAUGCUGGGCCACAAGGCAGACGAACGCGGCUACGAGAUCGCGGCGGCGAUACUGUGCGACCUGGGCCUGGGCACGGUGACUGGCGAGGGCGUGCGCGUACUGACGAACAACCCGGACAAGAUGCAGGCGUUGUCGAAGGAGGGCAUUAGAGUCGUAGAGCGCGUGCCGAUGGUGCCCCGUAGCUGGGCGUGCCGGCAGCACGACGCGGUCCUGGUCAACCAGUCUGUGAAGACGGAGACAUGGGCGAAGAGGGGAGCGGGCGCGACGAUGAUAGGUGGGGGAGCAGUAUAUGGCGAGGACCUGGAUAAGUACCUGCGGACGAAAGUUCUUCGGAUGGGUCAUAUGCUGCCGCUGAUUGCCACGGGAGAAGAGGACGACGAUUUGUAGUAUCUCGACGUCUUCUCGAGAAAAGCUGAAAACUUGAGAUAGGCGGAGCCUUUAUAUCUAUUGCAUUGUCUGUCGGAUUUGUCCAGACGAUCAUACUACCAUACAAGCAGCCGUACUGCGUACUACACACCAGGAGAAAUGUAGAAAGA